AUGGAUGAAAUGCUUGGAUUGCUCCGUGUCCGCAUCCCGAGGGGAAGAAACCUCGCCGUCCGUGAUGUGGGUCGUAACAGCUGCGACCCCUACGUCGUUGUCACCUUUGCCCACCAGGCCAACUUUGGUUUCUGGUUGAUGCAGAAGUUGAAGACUAAGGUGGUGAAGAAUAACUGUAACCCGGAUUGGAAUGAAGAGCUCACUCUUUCCAUCAAGGACCCUAGUCUCCCCAUCUUGCUUACGGUGUUUGACAAGGACACACUGACAGCUGACGACAAAUUGGGAGAGGUGAACAUAGAUCUCAAACCCUUUGUUGAAGCCCACAGGAUGGGGCUGAAAAACCUCCCCGAUGGCUGCGCCGUCAAGAGGGUUCAGCCCACCAGGGAGAACUGCCUCGCUGAUGAGAGCCCCAUCACUUGGAACCAAGGCAAGAUACUCCAGGACAUGGUUCUCAAGCUUCAGCAUGUCGAAUCUGGCCAAGUUCACGUCCAGCUCGAGUGGAUCGAUGUUCCUGGUUGCAAGGGGCUUGCCCAUGGCCAUGCCCCCGACACUAUGUAAAACUACUGCUACUGUUGCCGUUAUUGCUGUCAUAACACUUCUCUGUCAAUUUAUUUUCUGUUAUGAGAGGGAGGGGUCACAGCUCCUAUGCAUUAUUCAUCUCCUCUUUUUGUUUGGUAGAAAUAGCAUAGCAUGCAUACUUAUCUUAUCUGCGUGUAGUUGGGCAGAUGAGCAGUGCAGUUGGGCAAAUAUGGUUACUAUUUGCUUAAUGCUUUCAUUGCGCCUUUAAGAAGGUAUUGAAUUGAGAAGACCGUACGCGGACAGCUCGCUGACUUUUGGCUCACCACAACCAUAAGUCUAACCAAUUGGC